AUGGCCUCUACCAGCUCAUCUCCUACCGAAGACAUCGAGAAAAAUCAUCAUGGAAUCGGCAAUCCUUCUCAAUCAGACACCACUGAUGCUGAGAAACAACAACCGUCGAUGUUCGAUAGGGAAGCUCAACUCCGUCGGGGUAGUAUCACUCCAUAUCAUGAGAGCUUUUUCUCUGCCUUUCAACCUUCGAGUUUUCGAAGAAAUCCCAAUGCUCGAGUGGUGACGGAAGCUACCGACAACGAAGGCAGGCCCCUGAAAGACCAGCCUCCUGCAGAACCUGCCCUGGCAAUGAAACUGAAGCAAAGACACUUGCAGAUGAUUGCUAUUGGUGGUUCGAUUGGCACUGGUCUGUUUGUGGGAUCUGGUUCGGCUCUGGCGAUAGGAGGCCCGGCUUCUCUGGUCCUUGCCUAUGGUUUGAUCGGUAUCAUGCUGUAUUGCACGGUUCACGCGCUGGGCGAAUUGGCUGUGCUUUUCCCCAUUGCGGGUGCAUUUUCAGUAUAUUCGAGCCGUUUCAUCGACCCUGCUUGGGGUUUUGCUAUGGGCUGGAACUACGCGUUGAACUGGCUGGUCACCCUACCUCUGGAGUUGACUGCGGCUUCUAUCACGCUGUCGUUCUGGCCUGGCGCCCGGGACGCUAAUCCUGCCGCCUGGGUCGUAAUAUUCUGGCUCGCUAUUGUCCUGAUCAACUUCUUCGGUGUGCGCGGCUACGGCGAAGCUGAAUUUGUCUUCUCGAUCAUCAAAGUCAUUGCGGUUAUCGGAUUCUGUAUUCUCGGCAUUAUUAUUGCCGCUGGGGGGGUUCCGGGCAGCCCUCAAGGAUAUCUUGGAGCCAGAUACUGGUAUGAGCCGGGAGCUUUCAACCACGGCUUCAAGGGUUUGUGCUCGACCUUUGUCACCGCGGCUUUCUCAUUUGGCGGGACUGAACUUGUCGGCUUAACGGCAGCUGAAACAGAAAAUCCUCGCAAAUCUCUUCCGACUGCGGUCAAACAAGUGUUUUGGCGAAUUACCUUGUUUUACAUGGUCAGCUUAACAAUCAUCGGCUGCAUCGUUCCAUAUACGGACCCCGAAUUGCUGAAUGGAAGUAGCAGCGCCGAUGCCAAUGCCUCUCCUUUUGUUAUUGCCGUGAAGAAUGCUGGUAUUUCCGCCGUGCCAUCGAUCAUGAACGCAGUUAUCCUUAUCGCUGUAUUGAGCGUGGGUAACUCGUCUAUCUACGGAUCUUCUCGCACUCUCGCAGCGUUGGCGGACCGAGGACAAGCCCCGAAGUUCUUAGGAUAUAUCGACCAGGUAGGGCGUCCUCUGUUCGCCAUUAUUCUGGCUUCCGCCAUCGGUCUUCUCUGCUUUAUCGUUGCUGCCGGUUCGGAUACUCGAACUCAGGCUUUCAAUUGGAUGCUUGCUAUCUCUGGACUCUCAUCGAUCAUUACCUGGGCCUCAAUCUGUGCGUGCCACAUUCGAUUCCGAGCUGCCUGGAAGUAUCAUGGACGUACACUCGAUGAACUAGCCUUCAGAGCUCAACCUGGAGUGUAUGGGUCGUGGGUUGGACUUACCUUCAACAUCCUCAUCCUUAUUGCCCAAUUUUGGACCGGAUUUGCCCCUAUUGGGUAUGUGGAGAUGUCUGCCAGUGAACAGACCCAAUCGUGGUUUGAGGCUUAUCUGUCUGCGCCUAUUGUCAUGCUAUUCUUUAUUGUGUUCAAAGUGUGGAAGAAAACGUCGUUCAAAAGAAUCCAGGACAUUGACGUUACCAGUGGCAGAAGAGAACUUGAUCUGACACAGAUCCUUGCGGAGGAAAGAGCAGAGCAAGCCACCUGGCAUUGGUGGAAGAAAGCCUAUAAGUUUGUGUGCUGA